GGCCUGGCUGUGAGGUCGUACCCACCAGAGGACGGGCUUACAAGACGCGUCUCCCUAUAAGAUAUUUAUCACCACAGCAGGUGAAGAGGCAUUUGUUAAAACUGACCUAGAGCCGAGACUAGACUUGAAAAGUGGGAGAUUGUAGUGUAACCACAGUGGAAUGCAGGAGAUCGUUCACUGAUAGUCGGACCAUCCGUACACAUGUGAAGGACCUUUUCUGGGUUACCCUCUUAGAAUGUCUAAGAAGCCUAGAUUCUCCACCAUUCUGCGGCUAGUGUGAUGGCCUGAGAGGUGGCCCACAGCGACCAUGAAGAUUAAUUAUGACCGCCCACAAGGUGCCAUCACGGACCAUGGAAGCCAGACGGCCGACUCAAAGUUAAAUGGGCCGACGUGAGACACCCGGGAUGGCCGGCUGGUGACGUCUCCGCUGUCCCACAGUGGCCUCCACCACCCCACAGUGGCCUCCGCCGCCCCACAGUGGCCUCCCCCGCCCCACAGUGGCCUCCACCACCCCUCCCACAGACGCCCCCGUCAUGCGGGUGGCAAGCACCAGGAGCAAGAGGAGGGUGUUCUCUCUCCUGCUGGUGCUCCUGCUGGCCCACCUGCUGCUGCUGCUGCUUCUACUGCUGCUGCUCCGUCGGGGUGUCUCGCCAUCCUCCGCUGCUGCUGAUGCUGCUGCUGCCGCUGCUGAGUCCGCUGCUGCUGCUGCUGCUGCCUCUACAGACAUCGAGGUCUCUCCACCUCUCCCCCACACCAGUAUUCUUGGCAGUCCUGGGCGGCGUGAGUCUCCGUGUGUGGGCGUGGGCGGUGGUAAGGCGUGGGCGUGGCAGAGUGUCUACACUGUGGUUGUCGACGCUGGUGCGACAGCUACACGAGCACACGUCUUCUCCUUCCUCAGGUGUUGUAUAGAUAACACCUUCCUGCUGCAGAAGGAAGACUUCUACCAGGUGGAGGAUAGCCUCCUACACUACGUGAACGCCCCACACCAGGUGAGUCAGGGAGAGAGGGAGGGAGGGCAAGGCAGGGAGGAAGGAGGGAAUAAUGGAAGGCAAGAAUGAAGGAAGAAGCACAGGGA